UAGUUAAGAGUGAAAAAUGAAACUAACGUACGGUGUAGAACUAGAAGCUCUUUCUCCCAAUUAUCUUUGAUCGUUGGUCCAAGAAAGAAGAAGCAAUACCGACAUCAACCAUCACAAUCACGCACACUUCUCUUAUGAGUCUUUAAUAAUAAUAAUUCAAUUCACAAACAGAAAAACCAUUUCCCAAACAGUACUACUAAGCAAGACAUUCAUUUGUGUGUCAAGUACUCAUAUGUUUCUUCACUACAUUACAUGCAUUGAAUCAAGGAGAGUAGGAAUUAAUUAAUCUUGUUUAGGAGGAGGAAAGCAGCUAGCUUGAUGUUUACAAUGAGGAGGACAAUGAAUACAACGUUUGAGGUUGAAGAAAGGUAUCUUAAGAAGGGAAUAGCAUUGAGUAGAGAAGCUAUACGUGUGGAGAGAGCAAGGAAGCCAUAUACAAGGACGACCAAACAACACUACAAAUUAGAUAAUGCUAUUCGUCUUCACCUCAACAAACAUCGUUCUGUGCCAUUCAAAACUUCAGCAAUUGCUCAACCACAGGCACCAAUUGUUCCAACAUACGAAGAUCCAAUGCUUGCAAAUUAUGUACCUGUAUAUGUGAUGCUUCAACUAGGAGUUAUUACAAAUGACAACAUCUUAGAAGACAGAGCAGGACUAGAGAAACAGCUGAAGGAGCUAAGAGCAGCAGGUGUUGAUGGAGUUAUGGUUGAUGUUUGGUGGGGUAUAGUUGAAUCCAAGGGUCCUAAACAAUAUGAUUGGUCAGCUUACAGGAACUUGUUUCAACUUGUUCAAGAUAGUAAACUUAAGUUACAAGCUAUAUUGUCAUUUCAUCAAUGUGGAGGGAAUGUUGGAGAUUCUGUUUUCAUUCCUUUGCCUAAAUGGGUACUUGAAGUUGGUGAGUUAGACCCUGAUAUCUUUUACACCAAUCGCUCAGGUGUUAGGAAUAAGGAGUGUCUUUCACUUAGUGUGGAUAACAAACCUUUCUUUAAUGGAAGAACUCCUAUUGAGAUGUAUAGUGACUAUAUGAAGAGUUUUAGAGAGAAUAUGGCAGAUUUCUUAGAAUCUGAGCUACUGAUAGAUAUUGAAGUAGGACUUGGCCCUGCUGGAGAGCUCAGAUAUCCUUCUUAUUCAGAAUCUCUAGGAUGGGAAUUUCCUGGUAUUGGAGAAUUCAAUUGCUAUGAUAAAUAUCUUCAAGCUGAUUUCAAAGAGGCUGCAACAAAGGCAGGCCAUCCUGAAUGGGAGCUACCUGAUAACGCAGGGACACGUAAUGACACACCUGAAUCUACAGAAUUUUUCAGAUCAAAGGGAACUUACCAAACAGAGAAAGGGAAAUAUUUUCUUACAUGGUAUUCCAACAAGUUGCUGAUACAUGGGGAUGAGAUUUUAGAUCAAGCCAACAAAGCAUUCCUAGGUUGCAAAGUGAAGUUAGCAGCAAAAGUUGCUGGAAUCCACUGGUGGUAUAAAACUGAUAGCCAUGCAGCAGAGCUUACUUCAGGAUAUUACAACUUAAAUGAUAGAGAUGGAUACCGUCCCAUAGCAAGGAUGCUCUCUAGACAUAAUGCUAUUUUGAAUUUCACAUGUCUUGAAAUGAGAAAUUCUGAGCAAAAACCAGAAGCCAAAAGUUGUGCACAAGAACUUGUUCAGCAGGUCUUGAGUGGAGGGUGGAUAGAGAAGCUUGAAGUUGCAGGGGAAAAUGCUCUUCCAAGGUAUGACAGUGAAGCUUACAACCAAAUCCUUCUAAAUGCUAGACCAAACGGUGUUAACAAAAAAGGCCCUCCAAAACUAAGGAUGUAUGGAGUCACAUACCUACGUUUGACAGACAAGUUAUUGCAGAAACAAAAUUUUGAUUUAUUCAAAAUCUUUGUUAAAAAGAUGCAUGCUAAUCAGGAUUAUUGUGCAGAGCCAGAGAAAUACUAUCAUUACACAGUUCCUAUGGAAAGGUCAAAAGCGAAGAUUCCAUUGGAGAUUCUUGUUGAAGCAGCUAAACCAGUGAAGCCAUAUCCAUGGUCUGAAGUAACGGAUAUGAGUGUUAGUGAUGAAGCUACUGGGUUUUUUGCUAAUAUAAUAGCAUUGAUCUUAAGUAUUUUUAAGCUAAACCGAAACUGAAAAUGUAAAAGUAUUGUUUAAAUAAUUAAAUGGGAGAGGAAUUGAUAUUGUAUCAUA